UACCCAGCUGUGUGUCCAUGAAGAGUGACCGGUCUUUGCGUCUACCUAUAGAAUUUUCUACUGAACAAAGAUACCAACAGGAGAGAUCAGAGUCAGAGAUUCUCAGUGGUCAGUUCCGGAGUCAUCAAACCGACCUGGGCUCCAUAUUCAGUUUGCUUGAAGAGAACAUUGUGACAUUUGUGAAGAACGAGCUGAAGAGGUUCAAGAGGAUUCUUAGUCCAGAACUCCCAGAAGGCUUUGAGAGUCAGAAGCAGGAUAAGGAAGUGGUGGAUGCUGAAGAUGAGAAGCAGGAGAGCAGUGCCAGAGAGGGGGCUCUGAAGAUCACACUGCACAUCCUGAGGAAAAUGAACCAGAAGGAGCUUGCUGACACACUGGAGAAAUAUUCAGAUGAUCUUGCUGUGAUUUGCCAACGUGAACUCAAAUCUAAUCUCAAGAAGAAGUUUCAAUGUGUAUUUGAGGGAAUCGCUAAACAAGGAAACCCAACACUUCUCAAUAAGAUCUACACAGAGCUCUACAUCACAGAGGGUGGAACAGGAGAGGUCAAUAAUGAACAUGAGCUGAGACAGAUUGAGACAACAACCAGGAAACAAGCAAGACCAGAGACUCCAAUCAAAUGUAACGACAUCUUCAAACCCUUAACUGGACAAGACAAACCUAUCAGAACUGUGCUGACAAAGGGAGUCGCUGGCAUUGGAAAAACAGUCUCUGUGCAGAAGUUCAUUCUGGACUGGGCUGAAGGAAAAGCAAAUCAGGAUGUCCAAUCUGUAUUUUCAUUUCCUUUUCGGGAGCUGAAUUUGAUGAAAGAGGACAAACACACUUUCAUUGAACUUCUUCAUCACUUCUCAAUGGAAACCAAACAAUCAAGAAUCUCCAUCAACAACAAGUACAAAGUUCUGUUCAUCUUUGAUGGUCUGGAUGAGUGCCGACUGCCCCUAGACUUCCAGAAGAACAAGAUCUGUUGGGACGUCACAGAGUCAACCUCAGUGGAUGUUCUGCUGACAAAUCUCAUCAAGGGAAAUCUGCUUCCCUCUGCUCUCCUCUGGAUAACUACCCGACCUGCAGCAGCCAAUAAGAUCCCUUCAGGGUGUGUUGACCAGGUGACAGAGGUACGAGGGUUCAAUGACCCACAGAAGGAGGAGUACUUCAGGAAGAGAUUCAGUGAUGAAGACCUGGCCAGCAGAAUCAUCUCACACAUAAAGACAUCAAGGAGCCUCCACAUCAUGUGCCACAUUCCAGUCUUCUGUUGGAUUUCUGCAACAGUCCUUGAACACAUGUUGAGUACAGACAAGAGAGAAGAGAUGCCCAAGACUCUGACUGAGAUGUACACACACCUUGUGGUGUUUCAUACCAAACAGAAGAAUGAAAAGUAUCUUGGGAAAGAAGAGACAGGUCCACACUGGAAUAAAGAGAGCAUUAUGUCACUGGGAAAACUGGCUUUUCAACAGCUUGUGAAGGGCAAUCUGAUUUUCUAUGAAGAAGACCUGAAAGAGGCUGGCAUUGAUGUCAAUGAAGCCUCAGUGUACUCAGGAUUGUGCACACAGCUCUUUAAAGAGGAAUGUGUGCUGUACCAGGACAAGGUGUACUGCUUCGUACAUCUGAGCAUUCAGGAGUUUCUGGCUGCUGUAUAUGUGUUCCUCUCAUUCAUCAACAACAAUGAGAAUCUAAUGGACAAACUGCAAACAAAAGACGAGCCUGAAGUUGCUUUCUACAAGAGUGCUGUGGAUAAAGCCUUACAAAGUGAGACGGGAAACCUGGACCUUUUCCUCCGCUUCCUGCUGGGCCUCUCACUGGAGUCCAAUCAGAAGUACUUACGAGGUCUACUGACAAAGACAAGAAGCAGGUCAAAGACCCAUGAAGAAACAGUCAAGUACAUCAAGAAGAAGAUCAGGGAGAAUCCCUCUCCAGAGAGGAGCAUCAAUCUGUUCCACUGUCUGAAUGAACUGAAUGACCAUUCUCUAGUGGAGGAGAUCCAAAGAUACCUGAGAUCAGGAAGUCUCUCAAAACCCAACCUGUCACCUGCACAGUGGUCAGCUCUGGUCUUUGUGUUGCUGACUUCAGAAAAGGAGCUGGAUGUGUUUGACCUGAAGAAAUACUCCAGAUCAGAGGAAGGUCUUCUGAGGCUGCUGCCAGUGGUCAAAGCCUCCAGAGCUGCUCUGCUGUCAGGCUGUGGAGUCACAGAGGAAGGCUGUGCUUCUCUGGUCUCAGCUCUGAGGUCAAACCCCUCACACCUGAGAGAGCUGGACCUGAGUAUCAACGACCUGAAGGAUUCAGGAGUGAAGCUGCUCUCUGCUGGACUGGGGAAUCCCCACUGUAAACUGGAGACUCUGAGGCUGUCAGGCUGUCUAGUCACAGAGGAAGGCUGUGCUUCUCUGGUCUCAGCUCUGAGGUCAAACCCCUCACACCUGAGAGAGCUGGACCUGAGCUACAAUCACCCAGGAGACUCAGGAGUCAGACUGCUCUCUGCUGGACUGGAGGAUCCACACUGCAGACUGGAGAAACUCAAUGUGGAACAUGGUGGAGAGAACAGAAUGAAACCUGGACUUAGAAAAUAUGUCUGUGAUCUCACACUGGAUCCAAACACAGUAGACAGACACCUCUCUCUGUCUGAGGAGAACAGAAAGGUGACAUGGAGGACAGAGGAGCAGCCGUAUCCUGAUCACCCAGAGAGAUUUGAGGGCUGUAAACAGGUGCUGUGUAGAGAGGGUCUGACUGGGCGCUGUUACUGGGAGGUAGAGUGGAGUGGGAGGGGGGCUGUUAUUGGAGUGACAUAUAAAGGAAUCAACAGGAGUGGAGGGGGUAAUGACUGUGUGAUUGGAUUAAAUGACAAGUCCUGGACUCUGUUCUGCUCUGACAACAGUUACACUGCCUGGCACAAUGAUAAUACCACUACCAUAGACGUCCCCUCCUCCAGCUCCCACAGAGUAGGAGUGUAUCUGGACUGGCCAGCCGGCACUCUGUCCUUCUAUAGAGCCUCCUCUGACACACUGACCCACCUGAUCACAUUCACCUCCACAUUCACUGAGCCACUCUAUCCAGGGUUUGGGGUUUAUUAUGAUGGCAACUCAGUGUCACUUUAAACAAUAACACACAAAGAACACAAACACUGGACGGACACACACACACACACACACACUGGACACACACACAUACUGGACACACACAACCAGGACACACACACACAGGACACAAAAACACUGGACGGAGACACACACACACAAACACACACACACACACACACACAGGACACACACAGAGGACACACAGGACACAAACACACAAGAUACACACACACACACACACACACUGGACACACACACACUGACACACACACACUCUGGACACACACACUGGGCACACUCUCACACACACACAAACGCGUCUUCCUAUAAUUGUGAGGACCUUGACUCAGGAACUUCAAAUGAUUUUUCUGAUAGAAUUGGGAACAGACACCUCAUUCCAGCACCAAGUGGUCCCACAAACACAGAGGUGUAAAUAUAACAGGAAUACAAAUAUUAUUCCAGACAUUAUAGACUAGAACUCCUUAUGAAUGUCUGCAGCCGAUGAGACUGUUGGCGUCUGACAAGAGGUGAAAAUAUUACAGGAAUAUUCUGCAAAUGUUGAUGAAGACGUCACUCAAUCCCUCCAAAACAUCAUGCAGUCUUUCCACAAGACUCCCAUGAAGUUAUAGUGUGACGUUAUGAGUUAACGUUAAAGUAACAUUCUCAGAACAUACUGCACUUGUUUUAUACUGUUUUAGAUGGAUCCUCUGUUUAUCAUCUUGUUUUAUACUGUUUUAGAUGGAUCCUCUGUUUAUCAUCUUGUUUUAUACUGUUUUAGAUGGAUCCUCUGUUUAUCCUCUUGUUUUAUACUGUUUUAGAUGGAUCCUCUGUUUAUCAUCUUGUUUUAUACUGUUUUAGAUGGAUCCUCUGUUUAUCAUCUUGUUUUAAACUGUUUUAGAUGGAUCCUCUGUUUAAACAUUUAAACUCUUACAAUAUCACCGUUAAAAUACCAAUGUGAUCAUUUGUUGUAUGUUUUUUUAUGUUGAAAAACAAAUACAAUUAUACAUGGACAUAUGCUCCAUAGUUGUACAAGUAUAUAAGGAUAUAUUGUACUUUUUGUAAUAAAACGUACUUAAAACAAGAAAAA